AUGGGCGAUCAGAGCUGCCUCGUGGUUGGCUGCGGUGCCGUCGGCAUCCUCUACACGUACAUUCUCUCCCACCACCUCAAGCAGUCCAAUAUCUACGCCGUGUGCCGAUCCAACCACGCAGCCGCAUCUGAGAAUGGCUUCAGGAUCGAUUCUGAGGCAUGGGGCCAGGGCCUAACUUGCAAGCCCGUCGUCGUCGGGAGCGUGGGUGAGGCGGCCGAGAAGCAUGGCAGGGCGUUCGACUACAUCCUCGUGUGCACCAAAAGCAGCGCCGACCCCUCGCAGAUGGCGGCGAUGCUCGCCCCCGCCGUGGCCAUGGGCAGCACGCGCAUCGCCCUCUUCCAAAACGGCAUCGCCGUCGAGGACUGCUACGCGCGGGCGUAUCCGACCAACCCCAUCAUCAGCGUCGUCGUGUACGUCAAGGCCACCGAGGUGGCCAAGGCCGUCGUCGAGCAUAACAACGUCGAGCAGCUGCACCUAGGGAGCUAUCCGUCCUCGGCGCCCUCUACGCCGGCGCGGGAGCUUGGGGACGCCCUGGCGAGCGGUGGCGCGUCGGUGACGGUGCACGACGACGUACAGACGGAGCGGUGGUCCAAGGCGCUCAUCAACUCGGUGUGGAAUCCGCUGUCGGCACUGACGCGGCUGGGCGACGGUGCGUUCCUCAUGUCAGACGACGGGGCCGAGGAGGCGGCGCGGGUCAUGAUGCGCGAAACGGCUGCCAUUGCCAGGGCGUGCGGCGUGGCGGGCAUCGACGACGAGCUGGUAGAGCGGCAGCUAGCGAGGAACGUGGCCCGCAAGCCUGUGGGACAGAAGAUGAGUAUGUACUUCGACGCUGUGGCAGGCCGGCCGAUGGAGGUUGAUGCCAUCAUUGGGAACGUGGUCCAGCUGGGCGAGCAGCACAAGGUGCCGACGCCGUCGCUCAAGCUGCUCUACCUGCUUGUCAAGGCGCUUAACAAUAGCUUUGCGGUUUCGUAG